GAAGGAGAGUCCGCCAAUCGUAAAGAAGUUUAUGAGGAACAUCAACGUAAGAAAACCAAUCCCAGAGAAUUAAUACGACAAGAAAGAAAACGCGAAGAAGCUGAAAAAUUGUUGGCUAAGCAACAAGCUGAAGAGAGGGGGGAGGAUUAUGAAAGAUCAAGGUUCUGGGAAUAUUCUAUUGAAUCAGUUGAAAAAUGGGAAAAGAAACAAGAAAAGAAAGCAAAGAAAUCAGAUGUCGCUUUUACUGAUUACAAUCAAGUAGCAACUAAGAAAUAUAAGAAACAAAUUAACGAAUUAAAACCAGAUUUAGCAGCAUAUAAUGAACAAAAGGCAGCAGCAAUUGCAUCAUCAAGUUUAAUUAAAGCAGAAGAUGGACAAAUUGUACCAGUAGAUACAGAAUCAAGUUUUUACAGAGACGCAAAUUCCUUACAAUAUGCUAGCGUAGAUAAUCAACCAAGUCGUGAAGCAAUUGAUAGAGUUGUUGCAGAUGUUAACAAAACAAUUGCUAGGCGUGAAAAAUCUUCUAGACAGAAAACUAUUAACGAAGAAGAUGAUAUUACUUAUAUUAAUGAACGUAAUAGAAGAUUCAAUGAAAAAAUUGGUAGAUUUUAUGAUAAAUAUACUAAAGAAAUCAAGGAAAAUUUUGAACGUGGCACCGCGUAUGUAUUGAUAUUUAAAGUCGAGAAUACCGAUUUUUGUAUAAUUUUUAUUAAUUAA